AAAAAAAUUAAAAAAAAAAUGAUGAGGAAUUCAGGAGAAAUGUCGAAAGAGAAGCUUUGACUUGCCAGUGGAGAGCUAGAGAAUCAGCAAAAACACACAAUACUUUCCUCAGAGGAUGAGGAAUCCAAACUUAAACUGGAAUAUGGGGUGUGAUUUCAAUUAUUUCUUUGCGUUUCUGAUUCUUAUUUUGCUUCUAUGUUCAUCAUCCUCACUAUCAGUGCAAGAAUCAGAAGCUAUAGAGUCCCUGCUAAGCCGUCUGGACAGCAAAAGACCAUCAAAUUCAGUCCAAGAAUCUGCAGCCAAGGGUGUCCUUCAAAGGCUCCUUCCCACCCAUUUGUCAAGUUUUGAGCUCAAAAUUGUGUCCAAGGAUGUUUGUGGUGGGCAAAGCUGCUUUAGAGUAACCAAUUUCAAGAGCUCAAGUGGAGAUUCACCUCAGAUACUGAUACAAGGAACUACAGCAAUUGAAAUCACAUCAGGCCUCCAUUGGUACUUAAAGUAUUGGUGUGGUGCUCACAUUUCAUGGGAAAAGACUGGGGGCAUACAAAUAAAUUCAGUUCCCAAGCCAGGAUUACUACCUUCUGUAAGUACAGAGGGUGUGAUGAUUCAACGGCCUGUGCCAUGGAACUACUACCAAAAUGUUGUCACUUCUAGCUAUUCCUAUGUAUGGUGGGAUUGGCAGAGAUGGGAGAAAGAGAUAGACUGGAUGGCGCUCCAAGGAAUUAAUCUGCCCCUAGCAUUUACCGGGCAAGAAGCCAUCUGGCAAAAGGUUUUCUUGCAAGAGUUUAAUUUGACCGCCCAAGAUUUGAAUGAUUUCUUUGGUGGACCUGCUUUCCUAGCUUGGGCUCGUAUGGCAAAUCUACAUGGAUGGGGUGGGCCUUUGUCCCAAAACUGGUUGGAUAAACAGCUGUCAUUGCAGAAGCAGAUACUACAGAGGAUGACAGAGCUAGGCAUGACCCCAGUUCUCCCAUCGUUCUCUGGGAAUGUACCAGCUGCAAUAAAAAAGAAGUUUCCCUCUGCAAAUAUAACUAGACUUGGAGACUGGAACACGGUUGAUGGUGACCCUCGAUGGUGUUGUACUUUCCUUUUAGAUUCUUCUGACCCAUUAUUUGUAGAUAUUGGCGAAGCAUUUAUUCGCCAUCAGUUAAAAGAGUACGGAAGCAUCACAAAUAUUUACAGCUGCGAUACCUUUAAUGAGAACACUCCACCUUCAAGCGAUCCAUCAUAUAUUUCUUCUCUUGGAUCUGCGGUCUACAAAGCAAUGUCCAAAGCAGAUAAGGAUGCAGUGUGGCUAAUGCAAGGUUGGCUAUUUUAUUCGGACUCCUCAUUUUGGAAGCCACCACAGAUGGAGGCACUUCUACAUUCUGUUCCAUUCGGGAAGAUGAUAGUUCUUGAUUUAUUUGCUGAUGUCCACCCAAUAUGGAAGAAUUCUUCUCAAUUUUAUGGCACUCCUUACAUAUGGUGUAUGCUGCACAACUUUGGAGGCAAUAUUGAAAUGUAUGGCACGAUGGAUUCUGUUGCCUCGGGCCCUAUUGAUGCUCGUACUAGUGAAAAUUCAACAAUGGUUGGGGUCGGCAUGUGCAUGGAAGGGAUAGAACACAACCCAGUUGUGUAUGAGCUGAUGUCUGAAAUGGCAUUCAGGAGCGACAAUUUUGACGUUAAGGCAUGGUUGAAAUCCUAUGCUAGUAGACGAUAUGGUAAAGCAGUUGGUGAAGUCGAAGCUGCUUGGGAGAUACUUUAUCACACAGUAUACAAUUGCACAGACGGAAUUGCUGACCACAACAAAGACUACAUAGUAGAAUUUCCCGACUGGGAUCCAUCCGAUCCUACAGGAUCUGAUAUGCCCGAAAAUGAUCAUACAAAAGCAUUUGUUUUGACACAUCAGAGGAGAAGAUUCUUUCUCCUAGAAACUAGCUCAUCUUUGCCUCAACCACACUUAUGGUAUUCCACCGAGGAUGUCUUGAAGGCAUUGAAACUAUUCCUUGCUGCAGGAACUGAGCUUGCUGGAAGCCUCACUUACAGGUAUGAUUUGGUGGACUUAACCAGACAGUCACUAUCCAAGCUCGCAAACCAGGUUUAUUUAGAUUCAAUAGCUGCUUUCACAAACAAGGAUGCCAAAGCUUUGAGUGUUCAUAGUCAGAAGUUCCUGCAACUUAUCAAAGACAUUGACGUACUUCUUGCUGCGGAUGAUGGUUGUCUCCUCGGGACCUGGCUUGAAAGUGCAAAAAGCCUGACAGAAAAUUCUAACGAGACAAAACAGUAUGAAUGGAAUGCUAGGACACAAGUGACAAUGUGGUUUGAUACGACAAAAUACGUUCAGAGCAAGCUUCAUGAUUAUGCGAAUAAGUUCUGGAGCGGGCUCUUGGAAAGCUACUAUCUGCCACGAGCCUCGAUGUAUUUCAAUCAUCUGUCGAGGAGCUUGAACGAAAACGUGGAGUUCAAGGUGGAGGAAUGGAGAAAAGAGUGGAUUGCGUUUUCGGAGAAAUGGCAGAGAGGUUCAGAGCUUUACCCAGUGAAGGCACAAGGUGAUGCUUUAGCUAUUGCAAAUGCUCUGUACCAAAAGUACUUUAGCUGAGGCUUGGAAUUGCAUUGCACAACUGUGUGGAACUAUAUCUAAACAUAAUAAAAGAUCAUUUUGCAAUAACAGGAGCCAUGGGAUCAUAAUUGCACAUUACUAGCACUGCUGUAAAAGAUCUGUUUAUUUCAAUUCUUUGUUUUCCAAUUUAGAGAAUAGAUAUAUUUUCCUUUCUC